GGUAUACAAUCAAAUGAUAAUACUUUGAGGGCAUUUUUCUUCAAUAACAGUCAAAUAACACAAUCCUGGCUGUAGUACCAACUACUCAGCAGUUAUAAUAAGACGUGUGGUCAUGAAAUUUAGGCCUAUAGACGCACUCUCACCGAACCAAAGACAAUACACGCGUAUUGUCUUUGUCACCGAACACUUGUCUAGUGUUGGUCAAUAAGGACUUCCACGACAACUCCACGCUUUGAACAAAAGCAGCUAUAUUUUAUGUGAACGUUUUCAUCGUCCAGUACACAGUAAAUCAAAAGUAGUAUAAUGAAGUUGGUUGUGUGAGAUCAGCCUGUUUAUCAAGGCCGGGAUAACUCCUUACCAGUAGUGCUGCUAUCGACAGUGACUAUAGGUCGACGAACAUCCAGUUAGUUAUUCGUCUGGACUGUCCGCCAGAAUUCGUGGAUGAUUAUGUAUAUAAUCUAGGCCAAACGCUGGGACGUAAUAAAUCAGCGCUGAAAUGGAAACAGGGUAAAAAGGUUUAAAAGGGGUAAAAGGAGGAAAACCUCGCAUUUACUGUAUGAAACAGCCGUCAGAGAGGGUUGGAAAGUCUGAUGGAAGAAUGUGGACGGAGGCACAGCAACAAGAAUAAAAGAAGUUCCAUCUAGGGACCGAAGGGAUGCUGCAGCGAACCUUAAGUAAUGACUAUAGUGUACCACGUGAGGCGCACUUACAGCACUACCUCCCAAGGGCUGGAUGAUUAUGAACCUCUUCGAUGACUCGAGAGUAGUCACAAGUGACUCGGGUUGUAAUAAUAGUUACGAUAAAGUGAUUGAUCAUAAGUACAGGCUCUUCUCUAGGAGCGAAGUAUUCAGUAACACCUUACACAGAGCAUGACUAAUGUGUAUGCAUAGUGGUAAAAUAACAUUACUAUGCGAUUUGGUGACAGUAUAUGCGAUAUAUUAAAAUUUUGCAUUCCUAAUCGUUACCAGCGACCUGUAAUUUGACAACAAUAUACUUCAAAGACUGUUAAUUAUAGUAACUAUGAGUCUAUGACUGAGCUAAAACGAAACAAAACGAGAGUCACACCUGGAAGUAGGCCUAUUAAUGUUUCCAUUAGUCAGUUUUAGGAACUUCCAGAAGAGGACGUUCAUCUGUUGGCCUUGGUUAUAAUUUCAGUUGCUUAAAGAGUGGAAUGCGAGGAUUCACAUAUUUAUGAUACGCUUGAAAUCACUUCAUUGGCUGUUUGUGGUUCAAUACAGUUUGACAUUGCAGUGCAAAUGACUAAGAUUACUCUGACUGAAAGAAGUAAGGAAAACUCAUUCAGUUAAAAGAUAGUUAAAUGUUUCCGUGGCAGUUGACUUCGUCUGUGUAUCAGUCAGAUCUUGGCCAGGCCUAGAUUUUUUCAGAUCACAAAUGGAUCGGGAAUAUGAACGUCGUCUCUUACGCCAGCAAAAUGGGCCUAUAAAUUCACCUGCGUCUCCCGUAUCGCCUCGCCGGCAGCUAACUUUCAACUCCAUCCAGUCUCCAAACAAAGACCGUACAGGGGAUAGAUUUAUACCAACGCGUGCUGGUGCCAAUUGGGAUGUGAAUUUUGCACUUAUACAGGAAAACAACAGAUCAAAUACAGAAGUUCGAAAAGGUCGAGAAGGAGGAGAGGGCAAGGAUGGUGUGGCAUACACGACAUUAUUACGUAAUGAACUUUUAGGUACAAACAUUGAAGAUUUAAGAGACACUCCCGAUGAAAGAAGAGCGUUAUCACCUGUACAGAAUCCAAAUUUAUAUCAUUUUUCACCACGUAAAAGUCAUCAAAGAGAGGACACAUUAUCCCCGUAUUCACUCUCUCCAGUUAGUGCAAAAAGUCAGAAGUUACUGAGAUCACCCAGGAAAGCAGCUAGGAAAAUAUCAAAGAUCCCGUUCAAGGUUUUAGAUGCACCAGAACUUCAAGAUGACUUCUACUUAAAUCUAGUUGACUGGAGUUCCCAGAAUGUUCUCUCUGUAGGGCUUGGUAACUGUGUGUAUCUCUGGUCAGCGUAUACAUCCCAAGUCACCAGGUUAUGUGAUCUGUCACCUGAUGGGGAUACUGUGACUUCGGUUUCUUGGUCGGAGAGAGGAAGUCAAGUUGCAGUUGGAACACACAAAGGUUUGGUUCAAGUAUGGGAUGUGGCAAGCAGCAAAAGAGUCUGCAUUCUUAAUGGCCACAAUGCCAGAGUAGGAGCUUUAGCUUGGAAUGGUGACGUCCUCUCUUCUGGAUCAAGAGACCGCCUUAUCCUACAGAGGGAUGUUAGAACUCCUUGUAUCAUUCCAGACAGACGUCUAGCAGGGCACAGACAAGAGGUUUGUGGAUUGAAAUGGUCCCCAGAUAACCAGUGUUUGGCAUCAGGUGGUAAUGACAAUAAGCUGUAUGUUUGGAAUCAUCAUUCACUUCUGCCAGUACAAACAUAUACAGAACAUAAUGCUGCUGUUAAAGCUAUUGCAUGGUCUCCACACCAUCAUGGAUUGCUUGCAAGUGGAGGAGGGACAGCUGAUCGCUGUAUACGAUUUUGGAACACCCUGACUGGACAACCAAUGCAGAGUGUGGACACUGGGUCUCAAGUUUGUAACUUAGCUUGGUCAAAGCAUGCAUCUGAAUUGGUAUCUACACACGGUUAUAGUCAAAAUCAAAUUCUGGUGUGGAGAUACCCAUCUCUGGCUCAAGUGGCAAAAUUGACAGGACACACGUACCGUGUUCUGUAUUUAGCAAUGUCUCCAGAUGGAGAAGCUAUUGUUACUGGAGCAGGAGAUGAAACUCUAAGAUUUUGGAAUGUCUUCAGCAAGGCAAGAUCACAAAAGGAAUCCAAAUCAGCUCUGAAUCUCUUCACUUCAUUGCGAUGACUGACAUGUAAUAAAUAUAAUUUUAUGCUUACUGUAAAUAUUUAAAUGUUAUAUUUCUAUUUUUGAGUUCCUUAUUUGGGUUUUGUGUGCAUCUUUGAUCGAUGCAAUAGCAAUGUGAAUGAUACGUACGGAUACAAUCCUUUGCUUUUCUUAAGCCUGACUACUUAGGGUAUUGUUAGGGGAAGGGUUUUUUUAAGUUGUUAUUAAAUUUUUUGUUGGUCGUUGCAAGGUAUGAUUUAGGUGAGAGACAAGUAGCUGAUAGCUGUUGCUCUUAUCAAUUUGUUUUGUUGCUAUUAUGUUAUUAUUUUCUUAUUUAGCUUUAAUUUUGUGGAGGCUAUUGUGUAGGACAAAAAAGUGCCUUUUGUCAUGCUUAGUCUGAAAGGGAACGAGUAAAUGGAUUAUGGGGAACAGGAUAAGUGAUAGUUCUUCAUCAUAAGACAGGGACAAUUGUAGAAAUGAAUAAGAAUGGAAGCAGAGUGAUUCAGCAGCAUCUCGGUAGCAAGAGAAUUACAGUAGCCAUUCAACCAACUAUUGUAUUCAGUGGAUUGAUUAUGCUGAGAAAUAUAGCCUGCUUGAUUAAUGUUACUUGGUCUUUAAAGACCAACAACAAGCUUUUCUUAUAGCAAAGGAAUACUAAUUUAUUAGUCACAAAUAAGAUGGUGAAUCUUUAACAGACAAAUGUAAUUGGGAGUGAAGGCUGUAAUUUUCUGUCCAUAUUGUCUGUAAUUCACUUCUGCCAAGACAAGAUAUUAUAAGACCAUCCUAAAUUUCAAAACAGUGUUCCCUAUGGGAAUGAAUAAGACUACCCUGUAUGUUAUAUAUGAAUAAAAAAAAAAUUGGCUUUGAAAUAUCAAAGGUACAUGAUUUCGUCAAAUUUGAUUUAGAAAUUGCAUAUUCGUGCCAAUGCAAGUGCAAAACUCAAACACCCAACAUGGUUGGUAAAUGAAAUUUUUACUUUUAUUUUCAUCAGAUAGGAAGGGUGAAAAGAGAGGAAAAUGUUAAAUGUUCUUCAUGAAGGUGCUUAUCACUCAUUUUAGUAUCACUAUUAAUGUUAUUUAUAAUGCUGUAGUUAUUCAAAAUGUUUACCCAUUGUUUGAAAUAAUGCUAAUAGGUCAUUAGCUUGCUAAGCUAGUAAAAUGGCCAUUUGUGAUGUGAGAGAACAUAGUUAUGACCAGUUAAUGUGAAAAUAUCAAAACUUAAAGAAAGUCAACAAAUAGAACUUUGGACACAAGUCCUAAAAUGAAGACAAAAUGAUGGCAUAUUGACAGCACCUAUGUAGCAUCUCAUCACACUCUUGAUCAUUUACAUCCAUAAGACUGAGUGGAAAUUUAUUGCACCAAUUUACUGGGGAUGGAAUGGCAGACCUCUCAUUCAUGGCAGUGCGUAUUGUUGCAUCUCAAUGACCGUGGAUGCUGACCCUGCCAGGUGAGUUACAUGCAUUAAAAGUAGUGCAGACACCAGAGGUGGUGGUAGAAGUUUUUCGUUGAAAUGAAGAUGGACAAGGAUGGUAUUUCUCAGUGAUUAUUUUAAUUCUUAGUUACUGUUGGGAAAAAGUAAGCUACAUUUCCAACCAAUUAAUGUAAAGUUCAUGGUGUAAAGCGAAUGGUUGACCGGGAGCAUGGUACAAGAAUGGAUGACCAACAGAGUCUUAAGUGUGCUGGAGCUCAGACUUGUAUCCUGCUGACUACAGCUCUCACUGAAGCUCAUGAUUGGAAAAUGUGUAUGCAACAACUAAUGUGAAAGAAAGGGAGUUGGAACACCUUGUGGUAGAAGUACAGGUUUUUCAAGAGAGAAUAUUUAACCGUUGCAGUACUAUUUUCUGAGGCAAUUUUUGAAAUGGCAGGAAGAUAAAAAGAAAGCUUGGAUGAAGUGGAAAAAGAUUGUUUGUAAAACAAAAGUAUCCCAUAAAUAAACAAGCAAAAAAUUUUAAGAUGUGUGCAGCAAAGCUUGCACUAUUGUAUGUAGAAGAAAAAUAAGGAAAAAGAAGUCAAAUUAAAAGAUUUUACAAUGGUAUGACUAAAUAAUGCCAAGAUCCAUAGAUUGUAUAGAUGGAAGAUUAUAUUUUAAACAAGUGGUAGAGAUGAGGUAUCCAUUGGUUGGAAAACAGACUUAGCUGUUGAGAUUUGAGACAUGAGUGAGGGAAUAGCCAUUCAAAGUAUUAGGACAAAGACCUUUAGAAAAGCUAGGAAAUGCAGAAUAAAUUCAAAAUUGAAGAUGUAGACCAGGUGGGAAUGCAACAGAAAAGUGCCGUGAGAAAGGAGAGAACUGAUUUAAAUUCUAACCUUGUGGAGGUAAAAAGCCGAUAUAAAAAUGGUGGCGUUAAUGAGUUUACUGUAAUAGGAAAGUUUUUUUCGUCAUCUCUUAGAACAGACAAGAAGUAAUGCCUUCAACAUGGUAUGGCUGUUGGUGUCAUCUCAUAGGAAGCCACAUUGAAGGUUUAUGGCUCUGGCCUAAUUAUGUAUUAAUAUGCUUUAGCUUAGCAGUAACUUAAACCUCCUGUAGUUUGAAAUCUUAUCACCUGACCAAUGAUAUCCAAAAAUUGUCAGUGGGUGCUAACAAGGAACUUAUUGCUGAAUUUUUUGUUUUUUGUGCAAUUACAUUUUUUUAAUUUAGUUGGUAAUAGGGAUUUAGAAGUUAUAUUAAGAUCAUGCCCCGUAUUCAUUUUGGAUGCAGGUGAUUUAUCUUUGGUUUAGCUGUAUUACUGUGCAUGGUGCAAGAUCUCAUUUUCAGUUCAACAGGAGCCUAAAAAGUACUGCUGUAUUUGGACAGCCGAUGACCUAGUUUACACAAGGACUACAGAAUUUUGUAGGGAAGUUAGCUGCUGCUCUUUAGUCUUAAACUAGUUUAGUUGGUGAGGGUCAUCAUAUAUUUUUAUUUAUAUAUAUAUAUAUAUAUAUAUAUAUAUAUAUAUAUAUAUAUAUGUAUAUGUAUAUGUAUAUGUAUAUGCAGCUUGAAGCAGUCACUUAACUGUGCUGUAGACAAGAUGUGAUGGCUAACAGAUGCAUAGACUAGUUGAAAAAUCAGUGGUGUAAAACAGAAUAGGGUAUGCAAAUUUUCUGAGGUAUUUGGCCUUCACAGGCUAAGUGGAGAAACAAGAAUAAGACGUGCAAUAGUUUUGGAAAAUUUCCAUGUGUGAGUAACCCUUGAAAUCUGCUGGUAGAAGUAACUUGGGAUCCACUUAUGUAUCGUUUGUAAGUUGAAGCACUUGAAUUGAUGUUUCACAAUCACUUAUUAGGUAUAUUAGGCUUAUGGAAAGCAAUGGUUUGUACACUAAAACUUUUUAAACAUUUCAGUAUUAAGAAGAUAAUAGGAUUGUGUAUCAUGCCAGUAUUUAUGUCGGUAUGGGCACAAUAGCAAAUCAGAUAUUUGUGUUCGGCAAAGAUUUUGUAUUUCAAGAUAAAUAUAAAGUCAUCCUUUAGUCUGUCAACAUCAUCUGCAGAUUGGAACUUGUCAUUGAACAUGUGUAUUUAAUUUGCAAGUUGUGAUGCACAAGUGCUGUGUAGGUACUUUUCAUUCAUAUUUAAAUAGAACUUUAGUUCACGAAGUAGCUCUUUUGUAUGGCAUCAGGGAGCAGUCGGGUAGAAAAGCAGUGAACUCUUUCUCUGAAUUAUUGAGUGAUUAGGGCAUCUUGCAGGAAAUACAGCCCUUUUUUGCAAUCAUAAGUUACACAGAUUUUUUUUUUUUUUU